UUUCUGGUUCAUUGAUGUCGCAAAUAACCUCUAUCACGUCAGAAUGGCAAUACCUGCUUGUUGAACUGUACGUUAACCCCAGUUAUGCAGUAACUAACCCCAGUUUUUUCACACCACAGCCAGAUAUCCUGCCCAGUGUCGACGCCAUCACAUGGAAAUCGCUCAUCUACGGCGCUCUGAACCAACUCCACGGUAUCAACGGCAUUUCUGUGCGCUACGACAUCCUCAAAACACAGGAUCAGCGAGCGUGGAUACGAGUCUCACAGCUUGAUAAAUCGAUCCUCACGUCGGCCCUCACAGCCAGCACGCCCUCGCUCGCAAUUCUAGACCUCCCUGAAACAACUGGCAGCUUGCGUAUCCUGUCAUCGGCCCCCACGCUUGCCCAAAUAGCAGGCCCCGACCGGUUUGGCUGGUUCCAGGUGUAG